AUGGCCCUAUCCGGCGUUGAGCUGCGCAAUGAGAGCUCGACAGAGGAUUCCAUCUCCCUUGGUAGCGAAAAGACAUCAGAGACGUCAAGCGAGAUAUCUGAACGACUAUUGGAGACGCAGCUGAAAGAGAAAGCCCGAUCGGAGAAAGCAGAGGCAAUCCGCCAAGCCUGUUGCGCUCAUGACAUGAAGGCGAUUGUCCACCACGCUGUAAGCGAAGGUGGACUUUUGGAGGAUGAGCUCCGACGACAAGCGUGGCCUAUUCUUCUGCAACUCGACAAGGGUAUACAAAAUGACAACCUGAAACCGUCAGAUGAACUCCCACCACAUACCGAUGAGGAACAGGUCCAAUUGGACGUGAAUCGGUCAUUUGUCUAUUAUCCGAAAAAUCUUCCUGCAGAGGAUAUGGCGGAAAAGAAGGCGCAGUUGUCAACCUUAAUCACCCAAAUCCUUCGAAACUACCCCAUGCUUUGUUAUUUCCAGGGGUAUCAUGAUAUCGUGCAAGUCUUUUUCUUGGUUCUAGGAAACCAACAAGCAGCAUCAGUCAUGGCACAUAUAUCCCUUUUUCGUAUCAGAGAUUAUAUGCUCCGAACAUUAUCACCGGCUAUCAAACAUCUGCAGCUCAUACCUGCCAUCAUUGAAGCUGCCGACCCGGCUUUGCGACAACACCUCUCCCACAUUCAACCUUUCUUUGCCCUUGCCGCCACGCUCACUCUUUAUGCGCAUGAUAUUCAAGAAUAUAGCGAUAUUGCCCGCCUUUACGAUUUUCUAUUAGCAAAAGAGCCGGUAGUAUCGAUCUACUUAUUUGCCGCAAUCAUCCUGUCCCGAAAAAAAGAACUCUUGAAUAUUCCUCUGGAUGAGCCGGAAAUGCUUCAUUUCACUCUUUCCAAGCUUCCACAGCCACUGGACCUAGAUAGCCACAUCUUGCAUGCAGAGAAGCUCUUCAAUGACCACCCUCCUGAGUCUUUGCCGCAUGGAAUAUGGAGAAGCAUCUCGAGAUACAGUGUGCUCAAGACAUCAAGGGUCUCGUCCCCAGACUAUACUGUCAGGGAGGCAGUGAGGCUGUUUGAGAAACAAAACCGGCAGCUUUAUCGUGAGGAGCUUCGAAAGAAAGCCAUGGAUUUCACGUGGAAGCAUCGGCGGGCGGUCGGAUCUGUCGCAUUGGCUGUUUUGGUCGGUGCAGCAUCAUUCUAUAUCCGCAGGAAAGGACUGGACACUUCUAUUUGGUCUUAUGUUAGACAAGUCCAAGCUUUUUUUGAUUGA